AUGAUUGUUACCCUAAUUCAAUGGCAGCAAAAGAAACUAAGACGGAAGGAGAAGCAUAGACGAUUUAACUUGAGCGAUGAAAGCGAAUCCUCAUCAGGUCAAUUCAUAAUCAACGAUAUCAACCGAGCCGACCGAAAUAAAAAGUGGUGCCCAGAACCUAACAUAGACAUUUUUCCUUCAUACUCCGCGAUUCCAAAAACAACCAGAGACGGACCUUUCUCAUUCAUCGAAAACUUAGAACUUAUUAACAAGUACUACGAUACGGAUAAGAAGUGCGCCGUUCUUGGUUUCCCAUAUCGUGGGAUCUCAUUCCACAUGGCAUUACAGGGUCCCAAGCAUUCUCAAGGACUCACUGAAGAGGAAAAGGCCACAAUGAAGCGAAUUAUUACGAUGACGCCGAGGCCGAAGCACGUCACUGAGAGCGUGAGGGAAUUCCACGUACAAAGGAUGAAACGAAAAUACGUGGCGAUUCACUGGAGAUAUAAUGACGACGACUGGGCGAACCAUUGCAAGGGAAAUCAUGGAAAUCCAAGAGCCUGUCAACAAAUAUUAGAAGUGAUGCACGACGCUGGCCGUCUAGGAAAAGCCUUCGUAAACUUCCUUGGAAAGGUUAAAAGCAAACUUGGCAUUGAAGUCAUGUACAUAGCCGCGCCACCCGAUGAGAUGGAAAUGCUUGAGCGUGUCAAAAUUGAAAUCCUGAAGGACAUGCCGACAGUCGAGAUUUUCUUAUCGCAACAACUGUUACCAUUCUUAGAUGAGCGCUUCCAAUCUCAAGGGUGCACCAACUAUCAAGAAAAUAGAUUUGAGAUUCUUUCGCUGGCGGAAAUGGAGCUUUGUGCAAAAUCUGAAAUAUUCUUGCGAUCAUCGGGCUCAUCCUGGAGCAUGAAUAUCAACUUAGAGCGAGUUAUCGCCGAAAAAGACGCAUACGACCUUCAAAAUUUAGACCUGUUAAAAGAUUACUAA